GUCGGUCGAUGUAUUAGUUUUAAUUUUAAGUUUUAAUACCUGUCCUUACAUAUUUUUUAGUUUUUCAAAGUAUGCAAAUUUGUACUAAAAAACUUGGGGUUUCUACAUUUGUAUUACUAUUUUUUCACAUUUUUACCUCUAACUGUACCCCAAAUUAUAAUCAUGAUCAAACACAUUAUACGAAAAUUCACUACCAAUUUGAUCCCAGCACAAAUAGCAGCAAUUGUUUGGUUCUAGCGGAGGAAAUUCUGAAAAAAAGCUUACAUAUUGGAAACGUAUCUCGUUGGCAUGUUGAGAAAGUCUCAUAUCCGGCAGUUCGUGGUAAUUCGAUUGACGGGGAUUUUGAGAGUGACGAAUUUCUGGGAUCUCGACUCUUGGAAAUAUUUACUCCUCACGAAAGCACUGCCAUUGAAGAAGAGAGUCAUCCCACUCGGAAGGAGGUAGGGAAAUAUUGCGACUCGGUGAACUAUGUUGCUCACCAGAAGUAUGAAGCAUCGUCCCGAGGAAAGGGAAAGAGUUUGGAGGACAACAUCCUCAAGUUGGUGGACAACGGUCCAUCUUCGAACCGAAUCGACGUGGUAUUUAUGGGCGAUGGCUACACGGAGAAAGAGCGCCCCAAAUUCUUCGCCGAUAUUACUCGUCUCGUGGUGGAGACCUUUUACGCGUCCACUUUCUCCGAGUUUCUCCCCCUGCUCAACAUCUGGGCAAUUUUUACGCCUAGCACCGACUCGGGCAUCAGCUACCCAGGGAGACAAAAAAACACAACGUUUUCCCUCCAUCGGCCCACUUCUGGGGCCCCUCGCGGGAUUUAUGUCCGCAAGAAGAACGCUGCUCGGGCGACGUGUCGUCGACUUGGACCCUCCGCAUGCGAUUACCCAAUCAUCAUAGCCAAUGACGAGUAUUACGGCGGGAUUGGGGGCGAGUUUGCCGUCUCCACGUCAAGCCUCACUUCUGGCGCGAUGGUCCUUCGCCAUGAGCUGGGGCACAACUUUGCUCGAGUUGGGGAGGAGUACGAUGGGGGCGAGGUGUACAACGGGGUCAACAGCGCGUCUUCUCUGCAGAGCGUCGGGUGGAGGGCGUGGCUGGACAAGAAUUCAUCUUCUGGGGGUCGAGGAAGGGUUCGGGAGGAGAGAAUGGUGUACCGAAUUCUCGGCUUCCCCCAAAAUGACUUGGACAAGAGAGAGGUGUCCUACACUUUCCGGUCCAACGGGGCAUUUUCAGGAGGUGGUUGGAUUCUUAUAGUGACCUUGUCGGGCGCAGAGGAACCAGGGUCAGUCCAGUUCCUCCUGGACGGGGAGACCCUCCCGUGGACAUCACGUGGGACAAAGGACAAGUCGAUCUACUCGUGGACCAACACCACGCAUCCGCUCUCUCUCGGAAGACACACUCUCACAAUUUCCGCCACCGAUAAAGCCAUCAAAGACACGAGUCUGCCACUCCCUCACGAAACUCGCAUACCUCGUUCCAUCGGUUCCGUCCUCUUUUACGAGUUUGGAAAUCCAAACGAAUUUCAGCAGUCGGACGACGUAAUUUCUGCCUACCCAACGUGGAACGCGCAAGGAAGGAAAUCAUUCCGUCCAACGAACAAUGGCUGCCUCAUGAGGAACAUGAGUCACGACCAGUUGUGCAGUAUUUGCAAGGAAGAAAUAUGGCUCCAGUUUUUGCGAAGGGUGUCACUAAUUGAGGACAUAAUUAUUCUAAUUGGAGAAGGUGGCAACUCUACGACGACAAAAGUGACUUUGGAGAUAAUUGGAUUGGGCCAAUUUCGACGAGAGGAUCAGCGGAUUGAAGGGGAGCGGAUGGAAGUGCGGUGGGAGUUGGACGGCAAAGAACGGUUGGAGCUGAGAGAUCAGCUCGAUAUCGUCGCCACGCAAGGACAAAGAGAUUGGCAGGUCGUGGUUAAGCUCGUUACGCCCCGAGUGAGGCACGACCCACGAGCAAUCACUCUCCACAAAAGAAAGUUCUUUAUUCAAUGAGACCAAAUAAUGAUGCUGGGUUUUUUCCACACCAUGAGAAUAUGCUAUCUAAUUAACUAAACAAACAACUAUUUGCUAAUGAUUAUGAACGAUCCACGGAUUGAAAUUGUACAAUAAUCACGAGAUAUGUUGAAAUUGCAGCGAUAAUCUAAAAAAAAAUAUUUAAAACUGUACAUUUGUUAGGAAUUUGGAUUCAUUAAAAAUUUUAAAAAAUCUUUCUUACCGACAGCAA